GAGCAUAUUCUCUGGACAGCACUAGGGUUUAGAGCGAGCUCUCCUUUAAGCGCUAAAUGAGAGAGGAGAAUCCAAAUGGCCGCUGUUCAGAAGCUCUACGAGGCAUGCAAGAUUUCGCUCACCUCCGCCGCCACCGCCACCGCCGCGCCAUCGCCGCUGGUCGUGAGGAAGAUCUGCCACAUUCUUGACGGUAUCACUUGCCCCGAUGUGGGACUGAGCGAGGAAUCGGUGAAUCAGCUCAAUCGUGGCCUGGGAUUCUUUGGCGGCCAGAGGGGGCGGCACUCGAGCAUGGCUGCUCGCUGGGCACCGCCAAUCUCUUAUCUCCAUCUCCACGAGUCCAGCACUUUCUCGAUGGGGAUUUUUUGUCUGCCAACCUCAUCCGCAAUUCCUCUCCACGAUCAUCCGGGAAUGACUGUGUUUAGCAGACUCCUCUAUGGGACACUACAUGUAAGAUCUUACGACUGGGUCGAUAAGCAACCGUGCUCCGAUCCAUCAAAACCUAGACUAGCGAAGCUAGUUCUGGAUCAAGUCAUGACCGGUCCCUGCGACUCCGUUGUCUUGUAUCCCAAUUCUGGAGGCAACAUUCACGCCUUCACUGCGAUAAACUCGUGCGCCAUCCUCGACGUUUUAGCACCGCCAUACUGCCCUUCCACCGGUAGGCACUGCACAUAUUAUCGAGCGUUCCCGUACUCUAGUUUGGCCGCUGAGAUGCACGACGAUAACAACGAUUACGACGACGAAAAUUAUGUCUACUUGGUCGAAUAUAAACCCCCGGACGAUUUUGUUGUCCAAAACGGCGUGUACACGGGUCCGAAGGUGAAGCCUUGAAGUAAUCCAAUGCUUGCUAUUGACAGUGGA